AUGACCACAGGCUCAACAUCUCAGCGGCCACUGCCUGACCUGCCAGUCUCUCGUCCCUCCGCUUGGCGCUCUGGCUCUGGCUCAGGAUCGGGCCACAAUGAGCCGAUGCUGGCUGCCAUUCCGCGAGACCGUGCUCUGCCCCUCCCCCUCCCCUCCGCCGAACAGACCACGGAAGAACGUAGGCGAAGCAUCGUCGCCCUUGACCGCAAGAGGAGGCUUACAAACCCAUCAACGUACGAAGAAGGCAGGAGAAGAACAAACAGUAAUGGCUUCUACGAUCGGAGACUGAACCAUAAUGCCUCCCGCAUGGAUGGACCGUCCUCUCCUCCCACUCCCCGGCGUCAUGCUUCAUCCGAUACCAAUAUCAAUCGAUCCAUUGUUGAGGUUAUAGAUCUCACAAGCUCAUCUCCUCCUUCGCCGCCGCCGCCACCACCACCACAGACACCUCGAGACAAUGGACUGAGCAGGUCCUCGUCAGGCAGUUCAAGACGAUAUAUGGUGCCGAGGUGGCAGCCUGAUUCAGAAGUCAACAAGUGCCCUAUCUGCAACCGGCCCUUUACUUGGAUGUUCAGACGCCAUCAUUGCCGAAAGUGUGGCAGGGUGGUCUGUAAUGACUGUUCGCCACAUCGAAUCACAAUCCCCCGGCAGUUUAUCGUCCAUCCGCCGGGACCUGAUGUGGUCGAUUCUCCUGUUAAUCCUGCAACCCACCGAUCAGAAUCACUAGAUUCCAAUGCGGAUGACAUUGACGACAAUCUAUUUCGAAACGCUCUGGGCUCCUAUUACUAUGAUGCACAACCUCAGCUGGAGGGUGGAGAGAAAGUGCGGCUCUGCAAUCCAUGUGUGCCCGAUCCUCAACCCGACCCCUUACCGAACUACCCUCCUCGUGUCUCCGAUUUCCCCUCCCGUGAAGCUCCGUGGGCUGCAGGAGCGCGCCAAAGCACAACUUUGAGCCAUGCAGUGACAUCUGAUACCAGACCGAGGGGUUAUUCUUCGGGGUUUUCGGGGUUCGGAGAUUAUUCAAGGAAUCCUGUAGUGGUGGGCAAUCCAUAUUCUCCUCAGCAGCAUCGGCCCACCGAAGCUCCUUAUAGCAAUCCAGAAAACAGAUCCGAUGCUUUGGGUUGGCUUGGUUCAUACCGAGGGCAACCAUCUCCUACCCGAUAUCCUUUGCAAGCAUCCUCAAUUUCUGCCGGGACAAAUCAGUUCCCUGGGCCUUCUUCUAGGGUACGUUCCCUAUCGCUUGACUACCCACCUCAUGACGGCCGAUUGACCUAUAACCGUCCCCGUGCAAGCUAUGCCGAAAGUAGACACCCGCGCGAUGAAUUAUUUGGCGUCACAUCGCAAUUGCGUCGACCUCUGCCUCGACCCUUGCAUGUACUUACCGAUAGCCCAUCGGCGCGACCACGAUUGAACGAAAACGAUAUAUGCCCAGUCUGUCGUCAUGCGUUACCCCCUCGCGGACCGAACGGCGACGAAACAGCCCGUGAAACACAUAUAAUGGAUUGCAUCAAUUCCCGUGAUCCGACUUACCAUGCGGAGACUAGCAAUGCGGUAGCAGCUGGAAGUACUGAAACAGGGGGCCCGGCGUCACAGUUGUACUCCCAAGCGCCACCUCAUCGACUACAAAUGCUCACCUUCACAGCCACCGAAAAAGACUGCGUCUCGCAAGAAGACGGCCAGGUCCAAGAGUGCUCCAUCUGUAUGGUCGAAUAUGAUGUUGGCGACGAGUUGGUCAGGUUGGAGUGCCUGUGUAAGUUCCACAGGAGUUGCAUUUUGGAAUGGCUGGGACGGAAGGCAGAAUGCCCGGUGCACAAACUUAUAGCAUGA